GCGUGGAGGAGAACAUGCACAAAUCGCUCGACGAGCUGAUCGAGGAGGACAGGCCCCCUCCGAGAAAGGCGGCCUCGGCGGGCGGGGCGGGCUGGGGCGGCGGCGGCGGUGUCGUCUGCUACACAUGCGGCCAGCCGGGUCACAAGUCAACCGUCUGCCCCAAUGGCGGCAGCGGGCGCGGCGGCGGGCGCGGCGGGCGCGGCGGCGGGCGCGGUGGUGGCGGUGGGCGCGGCGGCGGCGGCGGCGGCGGCGGCGGCGGCGGUGGCGGCGGCAGGGCGGGUGUGGUCUGCCACACGUGCGGCGGAAUGGGUCACACCUCAAACGUCUGCCCCUCCAACAUGGGGGCAUGGAAAGGUCCUAUCGUCUGCCAUUACUGCGGCGAGCCGGGGCACACGAGGCCCAACUGCCCAAACAAGCCCGGCGUCAAGGUGAAGGACGCGCGCGCCGUGCGGACGACGCUCGAGAUGCGGAAGAAGAGGACCACCCGGCAGGAGGCGGAGGACACCAUCGUGGCGCUGGACGGCGUGGACGUGAUGCGUGUCUCGGGCGCGGACCUGAGCCUGGACUCGAACGGCGACGGCUCGGAGAUCGUGCUCGCGUGCAUGAACGAGGGGCUCGCGCCGUACGGCUUCUCGAUCGCCGUCAACGAGCGGGACGGCUCGUGGCAGGUGUCGGACCACAAGGUGACGCUCAUCCGCUUCUACGACGGGAUGGUCAUCAAGGGCGGCGCGCUGCAGGAGCCGCUCUCCCCCGCCGGCAAGGGCGGCAAGGGCGGCAAGGGAGGAGGCAGGGGCUUUGCGGCCGGCUUCAGGUACGCGCCGUACUGAGAGCGGAAGACGCGCCGGCCGGUCCUGCCGCCCGAUAGCAGGCCGCGACCUGCCGGUUAGGGCGCAUGGAUUGCGCGCAGCGGCGCACACUCGACACUGCGCGUGUGGCAGCCCUGACCGUGACCCUGUCAGGCUGUGUGCAAGUGAGUGUGGGGCGUCCCCGCCGCGCGCUCGUCGCCACGGCCCCCGGUUUACCGCGUUGAGUUUAAUUAGCAUGUUCAUCACGUC